UAACUAUAAAACCAUGCUUGAAGAUCUGGGGAUGGAUGAUGAAGGAGAUGAUGAUCCGGUUCCUCUGCCCAAUGUAAACGCGGCCAUCCUGAAGAAGGUGAUUCAGUGGUGCACCCACCAUAAAGACGACCCUCCUCCUCCUGAAGACGAUGAGAAUAAAGAGAAAAGAACGGAUGACAUCCCCGUCUGGGACCAGGAAUUCCUCAAAGUAGACCAGGGCACCCUCUUCGAACUCAUUCUGGCUGCAAAUUAUUUGGACAUCAAAGGCUUGCUAGAUGUUACUUGCAAGACGGUUGCAAACAUGAUCAAAGGCAAAACCCCAGAGGAGAUCAGAAAGACUUUCAAUAUCAAAAAUGAUUUUACAGAGGAAGAGGAAGCCCAGGUACGUAAGGAGAACCAGUGGUGUGAAGAGAAGUGAAGAUCCUGACACACUUUUUAACACUACGGAUUGUUCC